AAAAAGCGGUAAAAUCACAUGACGCUGAUUGAUAACGGAGACGAACUAGAAUAACGUAGAGAAAAUUCAGCCGAGCGUGUUUAAAGUUUGCUAGGUGGGACAAAUGUUAGCUAGCGUAAGUGUAAGUUAGUGAGUAAUCGUUCGAGCCCCCCCACUGGUACCAGCUUCUCAAAUGUGAACGUUUGCUAGGUUCCCGUUUUUCCAUGAUAGUAAACCCGAACAGUGCGUCCGACAAAUCGAGGCAAUUUGUGUUAACUUGGGCUCCAGAGACCAACGAUGGGCGACAUUUUUACACACUGAACAAUCGAUCGAUUAUCGAAGAAAAUAAAUUGUCAGACUAAUUUAUAUAAUGAAACUAAUUGUUGGUUCCGGCCUUACAGUUUUUCCUAUGCUGGAGUAAUACGACCUUGCCCGAGGUUUUAUGUGCGUUAGUUACUUGACACAGGGGGGAGAAGAAAAAAAAACCCAAGAAAACUAGAAACAGAGUCUCUCUUCCAGGCCAGGGCCAUAAAAUGGAGGAUAUUCUAGUUCAGUGCUGCAAAUUUCAAACAGAUUUGCGAUUAAUCAAACUGUAGACAGAAAUAGAAGAGUUACUCUUGGGCCAGAUGGUAAACCAGCUUUCCUUUGACCCAGUGUGUGAGGAGAAUACUUUAAGGUUUAUUAAAGAUUUUAAGAAUCCAUCCCUAAGCUGAAUCCGUCACAAUAUUAAUGCCCCAGCUGGCGUCAGCUAAUAUACCCCUUAAUUACAUUUUUAUGCUCAGGUGGAAAAUGUCGAAUACAGCGCUUGAAUCUCAAAACCUGACCCAGAAAUCUCGUUAAAAAGUUAGAUGAUGGCUUUGUAGCAACCCAGAUUCCAGUAAAUACCCCAAAGAAAUUAUUUGGCACGUGUGAAGUGUCACUGGAGAACCAAAUAGCCAUGGGUCCCCUUACUACACCUAAAAAAGGAAGGGAAGUAUGUUCUGUUGAUCCCUGGACGCCAACCUCCAACCUUAAAAUGCUAAUCAGUGCUGCUAGUCCUGACAUCAGGAACCGAGAGAAGGAGCUGUGCAUGGACAAUGACGGGAGGGAAGGUCUUGACCCUACACAGGACACCGAAAAUGGAGAAGAGUCGGAGAAGAUGAUCAGCAGAAAAGAAAAGAGUCUGGGUUUGCUGUGUCACAAGUUCCUCGCCCGCUACCCAGAUUACCCAAACCCGGCCCUCAACAACGACAUCUGCCUGGACGAUGUGGCCACUGAGCUCAAUGUGGAGCGUCGGCGCAUCUACGACAUCAUGAACGUGCUGGAGAGCCUGCACAUGGUGAGCCGCUCCGCAAAGAACCGCUACGCGUGGCACGGCCGGUCCAAACUGGCCCAGACCCUGGCCAUUUUGAAGCGGGUGGGCGAGGAGCACCGGUACGGUCGGCAGAUGCAGCAGAUCCGGCAGCGUCUCCUGGACAAGGAGUUCGACUUUGACGGCGAAGAGAAGGAGAACGAGGAGGCGGGGGACUUGGAGGGUGGGGAGCAGGGACAGAAGGAGCUCUUCUUCGUGGAGCUUCCGGGAGUAGAGUUCAAAGCAGCCUCUGUUAACAGCCGGAAGGACAAAUCUCUGCGGGUGAUGAGCCAGAAGUUCGUCAUGCUCUUUCUGGUGUCUAAUCCUCGCGUGGUCAGCCUGGACGUGGCGGCGAAGAUCCUGAUCGGAGAGGACCAGGGUGCAGAUCAAGACAAGAACAAGUUCAAGACCAAAGUGCGCCGGCUCUAUGAUAUAGCUAAUGUGCUGCGGAGCCUGAAGCUCAUUGAGAAAGUACACGUGACAGAGGAGAGGGGGAGGAAACCAGCCUUUGAGUGGGUCGGCCUCGCAGAAUUCCCCCAAGUCAAAGACACGGAGAGCUCCACAUCCGAAUACCCAUCCAGGAAGAAAAAUGCACUGGAGUCACGUGCGUCUGUAGACAAUUGUGCCAAAAACCUCUUUUCCUCACCCGGGGCUAAACGCAGUUUCACCCGGCACCCCUCCCUCAUAAAGCUGGCAAAGAGCAUUCAGGACGACCGACGCAAGAUCAACUCGGCCCCCAGCAGUCCUGUCAAGAGUGUCUUCAGUGAUUCAUCAAACGCUGACGUCCCAAACAAAAUGGCCCAACUUGCUGCCAUUUGUAAGAUCGAACUGGACCAUGAGUCUGUAACUGGAGCUAAAGAUCCAAAGCCUGCCACUGUGAGCCUAGAGCCAGCCUCCUCUAAUUCAAUGGAACCUCCUCGAGCACCGCUACUAACUCCAACCCAGGAGCCUGGAGUCAACACUACUGUCCGCCUCACCCCCCACACCCCACUGGCAGCCCAGCCCGCCGGCGCCGUCGCUUACCUCCCUGCACAGUGUUCACCCCUGAUCCCUGUCCUGUUACCUCAGCAGCAGGGGAGCGGGCCCUAUGCCGUGUAUCUGCACCCUUCUUCCCUCAGGCCGAACCCUCUGGCCAGGCCGCAGCCAACCAGCCUCGCCGUGCGCUCUAUGACCUUCGAGGAUAAGACCGGGCGGAGCCCGACGUGCCAGUCCGCGGGUAAGAGCCAGCCGGCCUCCAGGGCGUCGGACGUCAGCCCCUUGGCACUCAAACGGCUGUGUUCAGAUUCAGCCUCAGAGAGCAGCCCCUCCAAAGCCAAGAGGACCGACCCCAACUUUAAGGACACCUCUCCAAAGCUGUGUGAGAUCCUGCAGGCCCGUCUGAAGGCCCGCCGUGGCAAUCAGCUCUCUAGCCGGCCCUCGCCUCGCGCCCUCCACCUCGACCCCGAGUUCGUCAACACCCCCGGUGGUGCUGUAGCCAAUCAGACGCUGGAGCAGAGCUUGGAGACCUUCCUGGACAGAGAGGACAAGAUGGCUAACUCCGACAGCGAGGCGGGAUUAACGCCAGUCAGAGCUGUACCCCUCACACCGGGACUCCACACUGAGACUUUUGUCCCGACCGGAUACCUGAUCCCAAUCUCCCAGCAGUCCCUCAUCAGCUACAAGGAAACUCAAGGGGGAGAAAGCAUCAAGGCCUCAACUCCCACUUACAACAUCUACCAAACACCAACUGCAGGGUCCAGACCUGCCCCAUCCCAGGAAAUUACACCCACCAGCCUUCGCCUUCACAGACCCGCUGCUGCUGCUGCUGCUGCUGCUGCUGACUCCCCAUGCGGCACCCAGCAGGCUCACCACCUCCACAGCCCCAGUCCUGCCAUCCUCAACUUCACCCUGCAGAACCUGGGUCUGAUCUCCGGCUCCAGCCCAGGAAAUGGCUUUGCCGCCCCCCAGACUCCAGAGUGCGCCAACACCCUAUCCAGCCCGCUGGCCGGCCCGCUGGCUCUGCAGCAGAGAGGCAUGGUUUUCAUCAAACCCGUGUCCCCUGUGCCUGUCCAGCAGUCUGUAUCCGCGCAGCCGGUGGCCCUGAUCAGUGUACAACAGCCUCUGAUGGCCACCCCCAAAGGGACAGGGCUCCCCCAGCACAGCUUCUUCCACACACCGGUCCCCCUCUCGCCUCUGGCCGCCGUGGUAACCACUGGUGGACCCCCAGCCGCCAAAACUGUUUACAUCCCUCAGAGGAAGCUGGACGUCACCACUGAGGACUCCUGAAGGACGCCCUCGGAUGUCUUGUGUUCAUUGCGUCAGUAUGUGCGUAUGGCUGUUGCGUUUGCGGGGUGGGUGGGUGGGUGGUUGGUUGGGUGGUUUGUUUGCUCUGUUGUCUGUCUGGUUAGCGUUUUACAGUAUUCAUUACCUCUGAGCAUUUCACAGCGGCCUCACCGCCGUCGCUCUUAUCACAGCCAGCUCUAAGAAUAGCUGCCAUGCAGUGUUCGGCUGUGGCCCAGUGGACCCGUGGAAAUUACAUUUCAAACCAUGUUCACCAGACACUCAUAAACACUAUAAACAGAAACCAUUUUCCCAGGGAUACGUUUUCAUAACCUAAUGGAGGAGUAUUAGUUUUCUUGUUAUUUUUUGUUUUUGUUUUGUUAUUUUUAGUUAUUUCUGCUAAUGUGGGUGACGUGAAUACCGACUUUUUUUCCUUCAAAUUACCGAGAGUAGUAAAAGCCACAUCAGUGCUGUAAAGAACAAUGCACCCAGGUCAGAUCAAUGUUUUUAAUUUAAAGACAAGUUUGAUUGGAAACAUUGUUGGUUGAUAGGUUUUACUUAGCGAGACAAAUUUAAUAUGAUCACUUUUGCACAUAUGUACAUGUUAAACCGUUACCCCUUUUUAAAAAUGGAAUUAUUAAGAAUAUGUGAAUAUUUGUGAUGCAUUCUGAGACUAAUCAGACAUUUUACAUUUGAAGUUUAAUUUAUAUGGAAAUUACCUUUUGUUUCUGGUGUCCUGCUAAAUGUAAAAUGCUAAAUAAAUUUUAAUUUUUUGUUUUAA